UCCGUUGUCUCGCUGCCUCAUCCCACUUGCUGCCACCAUUAUGCUCCCCACGCUCCCUGUGAGAUGACAUCCAGUUAUCUGCGAGGUCGGCCCUUUUAUUGUCGGGAAUGGGCCCUCCAGAGGCUCCAGCACUGCCUGGAAGGACUGAGUGGAACUCGGGCCCCUGGUAUUCUUAUUACUGGGGCCCCUGGUGCAGGAAAGACAGCCCUGUGUACAGAGAUCCUGUGGCCCACCUCGGAGGCUGGGAGGGCUUCCAGACUCAGCUGUCGGGUUUUGGCGUACCACUUCUGCCAGGCGCACACCCACCCCAGCCUCGACCCGCUUCACUUCAUCCAGAACCUGGCGAAGCAGCUGCAGACGAGCCCCCUGAUCAGCGGCUACAAGGGAGGGUCCGACAGCGCCACCUGCAGAGGAGAUCUGCAUGAAAUCUUCAAGAGGACGGUCUUGGCCCCGCUGGCGGAGCUGCCAUUGCCCUCGCAGAACCUCUUGCUCCUGGUGGACUCGGUGGAUGAGACGUGCUGCUGUUGUCCAUCACACGGAUUUUCCGGAGAUGCUGGCUGCACCAUUGCUGAGCUGCUGGCCGCUCACCACGAACUGCUGCCGCCAUGGCUCCUGCUGGUGUGCUCUGCACGGAGGCAGAACAAGGCCAUCACCAGGAUGUUCACAGGCUUCCGUAGACUGUGCUUGGACGACCUCCGCAAAGCUCACAUUGUGCGUGACGUCCAGCAGUACAUCUUGUGCCGCCUGGACUGCGAGGCGGCUCUGCGGCAGCACCUGACCCUCGACACGGCCGAGAUGCUGAACCAGCUGCACAUAAAGAGCAAUGGCUGCUUUCUGUUCCUGGAGCGGGUGCUGGAUGGCGUGUCCGCAGGCUCCAUCCUCCUGCGAGAGAUCCGCCACAUCCCCGGCACGCUGAACGGGCUCUACCUAUGGCUGUGUCAGCGGCUAUUCUCCGGCCGCCGGUUCUGCCUGGUGCGGACACUGCUGAACGUAAUCCUUGCCUCUCCGGUUCCUCUCUCUCCCUCUCAGCUCCACAAGGCCGUGUGGACAAAGCAGAUGAAAGGGUGGAGUACGGAGGAGUUUACCAAGGUUCUGUCGUCCAUGUCCAUGCUACUUCACCCCCUCGAUAGCGCCCAGGUGGUGCCCUUCCAUCACAGCUUCUCGGAGUGGGUCCUGGACGUGAAGUACUGUACUCAGAAAUACCUGUGUAAUGUCACAGAGGGCCACUGCAUGCUCGCCAUGAGCUUAUCAACACGGGCACCAAACCUGCAGCCCGCCGAGGUGUCCCAGCUGGCCAAACAUCUCCUUCUGUCUGACAUUCGGGCGUUGGAGCCGUGUCAUCUAGCUCUGUGGCUCCUGUGGACAGAUGCCCCAGUGUCCGACUGUUUGGCCUCGAAUGUCUCUUUAGAGUUGGAGGUCUUGCAGUUGCUCCUGUUAGCCCGGGAAAAAGUAGACCCAGACUCCAUAGUGGAGGACACGAGCACCCUGAAGAGAACUCUGGAGCGAGGGGUCUCUCUGGAGGUCCUGUUAGAGACAGGGGGUGGACUAAAUCAGAGGGACCGAUUCGGAAGGACUCUGCUCGCUGCAGCGGCCCAGGCAGGAGACCUCGAUGCUGUUAAACUGAUGCUUUCCAGAGGUGCCAGUCUGGAGGUCACAGAUGAGGACGGGCAGACUCCUUUAGGACUGGCUGCACACCAGGGACACUUGCCAGUGGUAGAGCUCCUUCUGGAACAUGGUGCCCAACAUGACCAUAGUGACAGUCGUGGAUGGACCGCUCUACGUGCUGCAGCAUGGGGAGGCCACACAGAGGUUGUAGAGUCACUGCUUGCAUUUGGGGCCCAGCCAGACAUCUCUGGUCCUGAUGGGCGCACUGCACUGAGGGCAGCCGCCUGGGGUGGGCAUGAGGGACCUGUUAAAGCUUUGGUAAGGGCCGGAGCAGAGAUAGAUCAUGCCGAUGUGGAGGGUCGCACUCCUCUCAUGGCAGCUGCGUACAUGAGCCAUUUUACCGUAGCCGAAUUGUUGCUGGAAUCAGGAGCUAAUGUGAAUGCCUGUGAUCUCGAAGGACGCUCUGCCCUCGCCGUUGCAUGCCUGUGUAUACCAACUGGGCAGAGACAUCCGCAACUGGUGUCUGUUUUGUUGGAACGUGGGGCAGAUCCACAACUGGAAGACAAGGAAGGGUUAACACCACUGCUGGUUGCUGCUUAUGAGGGGCAAGACGAAGUGGCAGAACUUCUCCUUGAAGCUGGGGCAGAUCCUGACAGACCAGGAAAGGACCAGAUGACACCACUUUUGGCAGCUGCCUCUGGAGGACAUGCUGAAACAGUUAGGGUACUACUACUAUGGGGUGCUUCGACAGAUGUCACAGAUCAAGAAGGGAGGUCAGCACUCCUGCUGGCAGCUGCGGCAGCUCGAGGUGAGGAGGCAGUAAGGGUAUUAUUACAUAGGGGUCUGAACGAGAUUCAUCAAGACCACUUGGGGUGGACUGCCUUGCACUGGGCAGCUUCUGAAGGUCGGAGAGCUGUUUGCCGCACCCUGAUAGAUGGAGGAGCUAAACUGGGACUGAGGAACAGAGAAGGGUAUACACCUCUCCUUCUGGCAGCUGAGGAAGGGCAUACUGGCUGCAUAGAGCUACUGAUAAACCGGGGCUCCCCCAUUGACCAGCGGGGAAGGGAUGGAAUGACGGCUUUGUGCUUUGCUGCUCUCUCAGGCCACAAGGCCACAGUGGAAUUACUGUUGAGAAAAGGAGCAGACCCCGACGUGAAGACCACCCAAGGGAAACCGCUGCUUCACCUCUUGGCCCUGCAAGGACUAACGGACAUAGCCAAAGUUCUGUUGGAGCAAGGUGCUGACCUUGAGAGCCGGGAUCCAGAAGAACGCACAGCUUUGCAUGCCUCCUGCUGGCAAGGGGACUUAGACAUGGUGCAUCUUUUGCUGGAGGUUGGCAGAGCAAAUUGCAAUGCCUUUGACCAAGAAAAUAGGACUCCGUUACACUGUGCCGCAUGGAGAGGACAAGCCAAUAUUGCCCAACUCCUGAUAGAGCGGGGGGCAUUUAGUGAUGCACAAUGUUCCCAGGGAGCCACACCUCUCUGUAUAGCAGCCCAGGAAGGGCACCAUGCAGUGGCAAGGGUGCUCCUGGAGGAGGGGAAUGCCAGCCCCUUUCACUCCGACUACUAUGGGCGCACCCCUAUAAAAGUAGCGGCCAAAGGUGGGCACAUCGCUAUAGUUCAUCUUCUAGAAGCUCAUGGUGUUCCCUCUUACCAAGGACCAAUGGUGAAGGCUCCAUUAAAAGACGCCUGUGCAGCUGAGCGAGCGGACGGUGGAGGUGACAGCUGGUCUACACUUUCCCCUGUAUCGACAGGCAGCCGCUCACUCGACAACUCUUUGAAGAGCUCUGCAGGGUCCAUGAUGACAUCUUCCACUUACCAUUCCCAGGCCACAGUGCCCAUAGAUAGUCUUACCUUCACCCAACAAGUUCAGCAGCACUCUCUUCCGCGCAGCCGCUCUCGACAGGCUGUUGCCUUCUCUACUAUGGUCGGUUUCCCUGGUGUCAUGGGAUCAAGUAGUCCUGGUCUUCUGCUUGAUCACGGGGAGGUGAUUACCAGAGCCAACCAAAAUAUGAGUUCUCCAGACCGUGAGAUAAAGAGGAAUGGGAUACUCACCAACCCCAAAUAUGGGAGCCCCACGUAUACGCGCUUCAGGCCCAGUGAUAACGCACACCCUGUAGAUAACACAAGGCCAAAAGACUAUAACCAAAGUAAGAGCAGCAGCUCGGGAUAUUCCUCCAGUCAUGCUACUGGUGAGAACCACCACAAACAUGUCAUCAACUCUCCAAAGAAAGUAAAAAACAUCAUGGAUCAACGUUCUAAGGUGAGUGGAAGCCCUGUCCACUCCCCACAGAACUCUAAUGACCCCACACCCUUCUCUGUAACAACUGUGGAUCCCAAAAAGAAAGCAUCAAACCUAGUGACCUCACCUAAACCCAAAGAAGAUUAUGUGCACUCUACCAAGAACCCUGUGGACUUUGUGUACUGUGGUGGGAUAUCAGGAGACAUUGUGCACUCUCAUAGUAAGAAGGAUCCUCAGAGCUCUCCAACUCAGGGAGACCAAGACUGCUCCCGCGGAAAACAGGGCUCCCCAGUUAUCUCCAUCACUACCAUGGAUCCACAGCUUCACCUCAAGCAGGCCAUCAAGCUGCAGUUCGAGGGUCGUACAUGUGGAUUUAACUACAGGAAGGAGACACCACUGUGAGGUAUCUGCUGAUGUUCCAGGAUUGGGCGUCGCUGUGACCCAGGAGAAUCCUCAUAGCCCGAUGUGGGGACGUCACCUCCAGAUUGAUGGAGAUUUCUUAUUCAUGUACCGGGGACAUUUUCAGUGUAUUUUCUAUUAUUUGUCCGCUGCUGUAUCCCACAUCCCGCUGCAGACCCCCUGGGUGGAGGACCCCGGGCACUCCCCUUGUUUACAUUCUUUAUACAUUAAAUAUAUUUUCUGCUUUC